AUGGCACGAUUAGGGAUUUUGACUUUUCAGCUAGAAAAGAAAAGAUGGGGGAGUGGGGAAAAAAUAGAAAAAGAUAAAAAAAGAUGGGGGACCCGUCGGCUCUUUGAGAUCUUGCUUGUCUUCCUGCAUUAUCUACAAGCAAAGAUGGUGAGAGUUAGUGUACUGAAUGAUGCUCUCAAGAGCAUGUACAAUGCGGAGAAGCGAGGGAAGCGUCAGGUCAUGAUUAGACCCUCAUCCAAGGUCAUUAUCAAGUUUCUCUUGGUGAUGCAAAAGCAUGGAUAUAUUGGGGAGUUUGAGUAUGUCGAUGACCACCGAUCUGGUAAAAUUGUGGUCGAACUCAAUGGAAGGUUGAACAAGUGUGGAGUCAUCAGCCCUCGCUUUGACGUCGGUGUCAAGGAAAUUGAGGGUUGGACUGCAAGGUUACUUCCCUCCAGACAGUUUGGAUACAUUGUGCUGACGACAUCUGCUGGCAUCAUGGACCAUGAAGAGGCUAGGAGAAAGAACGUCGGUGGAAAAAAUUAUUAUUUGCAGACAGUUUUCUUUGCAGUAUGGCGAGGACGAAAAUUGCUGAAAAAUGAAUUAAAAAAUAUCCGUGGCUCGUGGUGGGUUCGGUUGAGUCAACUGAGUUGGGGACCGAGAUUGCUGGGAAGAGUGAAAGAAGAGGGUUUCUUUCUCAGUUUCUUGCAUGCUUGA